GUAAAUUUUUUCUUAAUGAUUAUAGCGCGCUUUUUGACACGUGUAGUUAUGUCCAGGAAACAGCGAAGCAAUUUCCAUUUGUUUGAACACGUUCACCUUGCGACAGCGCAUCAAUUUGGUCAACAAUGUGCCCAAAGCAUCGCGCCGCGACGCAGCCGCUGGAGGAAAACCGGUUGUGCUACGGCGAAAACUUGCCUGGGGCCCUCUGUUUGGACUUAUUUUGUCCUGGAUGCCAUUCCGUGCGUUUUGCUAUCAUUCAUUAACGUGCCGUGAUGCCGCCUUUCGGUAUUCCCAUUAUAUUGUUGCUGGAGCUAUUCGGUCAUUGCACUGCAGACCUGAACAAGACAGAACUGAAUUCACACAGAUGGAUUGCUCAUCUUUAUCCAUCUAUUCUUUCAUGGAGUUUGCGACAGAUUUGUCUUGUAACGAAAUUUCUCGUACGAAAUCUAAUAAAAAGGAUAUCUUAGAAUCUUUCUGGUUAUUUCGUUUCAGAGAGCGUGCUUAUGAGAUGUUCAUGCAUGGAUAUCAUUCGUACAUGACUUAUGCUUUCCCUGCUGAUGAACUAAUGCCACUUUCAUGUCGUGGGCGUGUUAGAGGAGUUACUCCCAGUCGAGGCGAUGUUGACGACUCUCUUGGAAACUUUUCACUCACGCUUAUCGACACUCUGGACACAUUAGUAGUUGUGGGUGCUUUAGACGAAUUCGACCGAGCUGUAAAAUUGGUGGUAGAUACUAUUCGCCUUGAUUCCGACCUCAUCGUUUCUGUAUUUGAAACCAAUAUUCGUGUUCUCGGAGGACUCCUUUCUGGCCAUCUCCUAGCGGAAUUAGUGCGUGCGAAAGAUCCCACGCGAUUACAAUGGUAUAACGACAGGCAGCUGCUAAAAAUGGCUGAAGACAUUGGAAAUCGUUUGCUUCCGGCUUUUAACACGUCUUCGGGACUGCCAUACAGCAGGAUAAACCUUCGCUAUGGCAUGCUGGAUCAUCUGAAACGCCAGAAGGACACAUGCACUGCUUGUGGGGGCACUAUGCUUUUGGAAAUGGCAGCACUCUCAAGGCUUACUGGAAACGGUGUUUAUGAAGAGAAGGCAAGAAAAGCUAUGGACUUUCUAUGGGCCCAACGUCAUCGAACAUCCGAUUUGAUGGGUACCGUUCUGAAUGUGCAUUCGGGUGACUGGGUUCGGAGAGAGAGCGGAAUUGGCGCCGGAAUCGACUCCUACUAUGAAUACUGUCUCAAGGCUUAUAUUCUCCUCGGCGACAAAAGUUUUCUGGAAAGAUUUGAUCGGCAUUACGAAGCCGUUAUGCGUUAUGUUAAUAAGGGACCCUUGUUUGUUGAUGUUCAUAUGCAUCGACCUACGGUGGCGACGCGUUCUUUCAUGGACGCUCUAUUGGCCUUUUGGCCCGGACUUCAGGUUCUAAAAGGCGAUGUGAGAAGAGCUGUUGAAAUGCAUGAAAUGCUUUUCCAAGUAGUUCGGAAGCAUAAGUUUCUUCCGGAAGCCUUCACACAUGAUUUUCAAGUUCACUGGGGGGAGCAUCCCAUUCGUCCUGAGUUUAUUGAGAGUACUUACUUCCUGUUUCGAGCCACCAAAGAUCCUCAUUAUCUCGAAGUUGCUAAACAGGUUUGUGUCGAGCUUUUAUGUAUGAAUUGUGGUAGAGUUAGUGUUAAGAACUCGAUAUUUCUUUUUUUGCGUCAAAUGGAUUCAUUCGUUCUGUCGGAAACCUUCAAGUAUCUUUUUAUGAUCUUUGCGGAGCCGAGCGAUUUACCAUUUGAUCCUGACAACUACGUGCUUACAACCGAAGCUCACUUCUUACCUCUCAGUAUUGGAGCUCAGUCCGAAGAUAUCCCUCGUCGUUUGUUCAUUCGACCCGAUGAUGUCUCAGACUCAUCCGAUACGACUUAUGAAUAUGCAAAUCCGUUCGGUGCUGACCAAGAGCCCACUGAAGCUGAUGAAGCCAUGCGGAUCCGAGAACGAACCCAGAAUAUUCUCGAGAAGUUAUUCGAUAUUCAGCGACAGCAAGAACCUCACUCUGGACAAUGCUUCAAACCGUUAGUUUUGCAACCUCAGUAA